CCAACCAUAAGACUUUUUGACCAGGCAUUUUAGAGUGGCAAAAUUGUACAUCCUUUUCCUUACUUUAUACCCACCACCUACCUCCUAAUAAUUCCUAGCCAGAGGCCCUUAUAACUUUAAGCUGUGUUCUGUCAUUUAAACUAGGUCUGUGUUUUUCCAGUGCACAGUCAUAACAGAUACAGGUUAGAUAGGAGGAGGAAAGCAGCAACUUCAAAUUAAAGUGAUGGUCCAGGAUGUUGUUAGGAUAUUUGAUUAUUAGGUGACUGAUUAGUCUUAAUGACUUUUACCUCCCUUCAAUUGAAUUUCUAGAAUUCUAUUUCAGACUAAGGUACAAAUGGAAUGAGGCGCUAUUUGCAUUUUAAAGGACAAAGGUUUUAACACAAAUGUAAUUUUGGAACAUUAUAGAAAAUAACAGUUUGACUGGUGUCUAAAACUUGAAGCAGUCCAAUGUAGCGGAAAAGACUGGACUUGGUUCCAGAGGAUCUAGAUUCAAGUCUGACCCAUGUGCCCUUUGGGAAAUCUAAGUUCAUUUCAAGGAAUUCGAAAUGGGGAAAGACUAUUAUUACAUUUUGGGAAUUGAAAAAGGAGCUUCAGAUGAAGAUAUUAAAAAGGCUUACCGAAAACAAGCCCUCAAAUUUCAUCCGGACAAGAACAAAUCUCCUCAGGCAGAGGAAAAAUUUAAAGAGGUCGCAGAAGCUUAUGAAGUAUUGAGUGAUCCUAAAAAGAGAGAAAUAUAUGAUCAGUUUGGAGAGGAAGGGUUGAAAGGAGGAGCAGGAGGUACUGAUGGACAAGGGGGUACCUUCCGGUACACCUUCCAUGGUGAUCCUCAUGCCACAUUUGCAGCAUUUUUUGGAGGGUCCAACCCCUUUGAAAUUUUCUUUGGAAGACGGAUGGCUGGUGGUAGAGAUACUGAAGAAAUGGAAAUAGAUGGAGAUCCUUUUAGUGCCUUUGGAUUCAGCAUGAAUGGAUAUCCAAGAGACAGGAAUUCUGUGGGGCCAUCCCGACUCAAACAAGAUCCUCCAGUUAUUCAUGAACUUAGAGUGUCACUUGAAGAAAUAUAUAAUGGUUGUACCAAACGGAUGAAGAUUUCUCGAAAAAGGCUAAACUCUGAUGGAAGGAGCUAUAGAUCUGAGGACAAAAUUCUUACCAUUGAGAUUAAAAAAGGGUGGAAAGAAGGCACCAAAAUUACUUUUCCAAGGGAAGGAGAUGAAACACCAAAUAGUAUUCCAGCAGACAUUGUUUUUAUCAUUAAAGACAAAGAUCACCCCAAAUUUAAAAGGGAUGGAUCAAAUAUAAUUUAUACUGCUAAAAUUAGUUUACGAGAGGCAUUGUGUGGCUGCUCAAUUAAUGUGCCAACAAUGGAUGGAAGAAACAUACCCAUGUCAAUAAAUGAUAUUGUGAAACCUGGAAUGAGGAGAAGAAUUAUUGGAUAUGGGCUGCCAUUUCCAAAAAAUCCUGACCAACGCGGUGAUCUUCUAAUAGAAUUUGAUGUGUCCUUCCCAGAUACUAUAUCCUCAUCAUCCAAAGAAGUACUUAGGAAACAUCUUCCUGCCUCAUAGAAUGAAGAACUUUGUUACCCAUAUUUUGAUAAGGCACUGAAAAUAUAAAAGGACUGGCAGUUUACUGAUGUGAAUUCUGUAUAAAGAUGUGUAAAUUCUUUUGAGAGUUCAUUAAAUUGCAUGAAUAGAGACGGGUCAAAUAAAUAGGCAAAAGGGAUUUUUACAGUUAGAGAUGAAGAGAAAACCACUCACUGUAUUUUAUUUCAUUCCUCCCAAAUCAGAAAUUUUUAGUAUUUUGCUUAUAUAUAAAAGUUGUUUUUGUGAAGUCAGUGGAUAUAUUUCUAAUAAAGUACUGGACUAUCCAAGUACUUUAUUUAUUAUAUCUUUAGAUGAUCAGUAUGAAAGGUUCCCAUUUAUAAUGGAAAUUAAAAUUCUUAACUAAAAUAUACAUGUAAUAUGUAUUUCUAGAAAAGAAUAAAAACCCAAGUCAUUUGGAAAGGUAGUUUUUAUAUUUAAAUCAUCUUCUGAAAUGCUGCUUUAGGGCUGGUACCGGUAAAAGAAUAUCCUGAUGCAUAUGUUUCACCAUUUUGAUUUUUAAAGUAUGUUGUAGCAUUUCUUAAUAACAUAGUUGUAAUAUUCUUAAGGCAGACCUUUUCUUCAUAAAAAGAAAAUUAAUAGCAGUUUAUCUCUUGUGGAAAUCCCAAUUGCCUGAAUUACUGUUAUUUUAGAAAUAGACUUUUUAAAAUGCCAUAUGUAAUUUUAUGCAAGUUGACUAUAUAUGUUGGACUUAAUAAGUUAUAGGCUCACUUUGUUGUCUGCUAGUUUAAAAUUAUUUGUUUAAUAAUAAAUACGUUUUUAGAGGAAAUACUGUUACUUGGAAUUAAUUUUCCAAUUAUACAGUCUUCUAUAACUUACUCAUAAUAUGCUAUAUGUACCUUAUGCAAUUUCCCUAAAAAGAAUAAACUACCACUACACUUUGAUGUUAAACCAAAAUAUGGGGAAAAUAAACACUAACUGCUGCUUAUGGAUAAUGUUGUUACUAGUUAUGCAUAUAAAUAUUUUACUUUUUCAUAUGUAUAGAUUGCAUUUCCUAGGUGUUUUAAUUUUUUAAAUAUAUUUAUGUUUAAAAUUA